CUGGAUGAAGGAUGGAUGGAGGAGAGAGCUGAAGCGAUGGACAUCGCUGAUCGGGAGGAGGGAGAGGAGUCGAUGAAACGGCUCAGCAAAGCCACCCCAACUAAGCACAAGGGGGAGGAGGUGGAGGAGGAGGAGGAGGAGGAGGACGAGGAGAAGGGCUCGGAGGACCGGAGCAAUGUGCUGAGUAACAGCCAGGAGCUGGACAGUGGGGUGGGCCGGACGGACGAGAGCACGAGGAACGACGAGAGCUCGGAGCACGACAUCCUGGGGGACGAGCAGGCGGUCACCAACGCCGCCGCCGUUGCCGUUAACCCCGCCACCGCCGCCGUGACGGGCGACACCACGCCGGGGACCGUCCGCCGGCUCCGACAGCCCAAGGGCGAGACGCCCAUCGUCCGUCAACGCGAGUCUCUGCCCGGACUGACGGAGGGCGAGUGUCUACGCUACCGGGAGCUGCUGGAGAUCCGGUGCCACUUGGAGAACGGCAACUCCGGACUUUGUUACCGGGGAUUGGACGUCAACCGCAACGAAGGUGGCGGAGUCGGAGUCGGGGUCGGGGUCGGCCGGCUGACCGCUCUCCUGCAGGAAGAGCUUGACCACUUGGAGUUCAAGUGUCGCAACGUGUUACGGGCGCAGAAGAUGCAGCAACUGCGGGAGCGGUGCAUGAAGGCGUGGCUGGCCGGAGAGGGCGGCCCGUUUGAUGUUGGCGCCGAUCCUCUACGGCGGGGCCUGUGCGAUAUCACCGAGCUGCCCGAACGCUCGGACAGGGACAGCACCAGCGCCUACAACACGGGCGAGAGCUGCCGCAGUACGCCGCUACUGGCCGAGCCAGCCGCCGCCGCCAUGCCCGUCCCGCCGCCCGACAGCCCGUGGCGACGCACGGCCGGAGCUGCCAACCUCAACCUGGAGGCCCCCUCCGCCACCUGCCGGGGCAGCCCGCCACGCUUCCGCAGCCUGCCCCGCCCGCACGGGGACGAGAGAGCCAGGCGGGGAGGGCGGGAGGCCGGCGGAGGCUGCGGGGGCGGAGGAGGAGGGGGAGUGGGGAGCCCGUACCUCGCCCGCUCGCACAACCACCGCUCGCCGGCCCGCCAGGCCGAGCGUUACCGCAGCUGCGGGCAGCUGGCCCACCCCCUGCCCCAGCCGCUGCCCGGCCCCGAGGCCAGAGGUCAAGGGGGGGAGUGGCGGGGGAAAGUGCGCAGCGACGGCUCGCGUUACGUGGCCAAACGGCCGGUGAGGGACCGGCUCCUGAAGGCCCGGGCGCUGAAGAUCCGCGAGGAGCGGAGCGGGAUGACCACGGACGACGAUGCGGUCAGCGAGAUGAAGAUGGGGCGAUACUGGAGCAAGGAGGAGAGGAAGCAGCACCUGGCGCGGGCCAGGGAGCAGCGACGGAGGCGGGAGUUCAUGCUACAGAGCCGCAUGGACUGUCUGAAGGAGGCCGAGGGUCGCAGCGAGAUUAGCAUCCUCGCCCUGAGUCACAAGAAGACCAUGAAACGCCGGAACCGCAGGAUUCUCGACAACUGGAUGACCAUCCAGGAGAUGCUGGCCCAUGGAGCACGUACAGCCGACGGCAAGAGGGUUUACAACCCCCUCCUCUCCGUCACCACCGUCUGAGCGACACCCGCUGGACUGUGCCCCCCAGCAAAGGGGACAAGACCCCUGGACUGUGCCCCCAUCUCAAGACCCCCAGCAAAGGGGACAUGACCCCUGGACUGUGCCCCCAGCAAAGG